CAUAUUGACGACAUAAAACAACACACACAUACAUUUGCAAGGGCUGAACCACUUUUUUGCGUUCAAAAAGUCAGUGAGUGAGCAGUACAAGGAAAUUAUUGAUUUUUUCGCAUAAAACAUCUAAAAUUAAAGACAAAAACAGUGCAAGUGAUUUUUGUUGAUUUAAAACGGAGUGAAAGCAUUUAAAAAUGAUUUAAAAAUUAUAAGCACUGUUUUGUAGAGAUUAAAUUGCACGAUUUCCUGUUCCGUAGGAACUCAUUUUUUAGCUCAUAAUGGCUGACAGUGAAUUCGAGGAAUUCCAUCGUCCAAUAUUUGAAUCACACACAAUACAAUACACCAAUAGUACCGUUAGUGGUGCCAAAAAACCCAAUCCGCAUACAUUUUACUCUUUAAUACCCAAUGAUGAUCUGGAGGAUUCCCCCUCUUCGAAAAGUGAUACCUCGGACCAGGAAGACAAUGGCGACAGCAAUAAGAUCAACAGACAAGUGGAAGAUGAUGAAAUUGGAGAUGGCCUAAAGGUGGUGUCAUUGUCAUCGGACGGUUCCUUGGAUACCAAUGAUUCGUUUAAUUCGCACCAUCAUCAUCCACUAAACCAUCAAGAUGCGAUUGGUGGUUUGGUGGGUAUUGGCUCCAGCAAUGCUCACAGUGGCUCGCAUCAAGUAAACCUCACAACUCACAGCUUACCCAUUGGUAUUUUAAAUAAUUCACAAACACAACAGCAGCAGAGACGUCGACGCAAGUUGCCCGAAAUCCCUAAGAAUAAAAAAUCUUCCAUUCUGCAUCUUUUAGGUGGUGGUGGUGGCAGUGGCUUUGAACAGUCUUCAUUGGCAGAUGAGAUGUCCAACGGUCAGGGUGUUUGUCGUAGUCGAGCGAUGACAGGUCCCCAGGGCCGGCAUAAUCAACGAUCAUUUUUGACGCUCAAACACAGUUACCUUCUAGACGAAGACUCCAGUCCGGAUUCGGAACGUUUGCAAAGUUUGGGCGAUGUGGACAGUGGUCACAGCACCGCUCACUCUCCAAACGACUUUAAGAGCAUGUCUCCACAAAUUACUUCUCCUGUAUCGGAAUCUCCCAUUCCGCAACCUUUCGGUGGGGUUCCCUUUGCCCACCUGGAAAUGCUCGAGGCAACACACAGGGGUCUGCACAAAUUCAUACCACGUCAUCAUGAUGAGAUCGAAAUUGAAAUCGGUGAUCCGGUGUAUGUACAAAAGGAGGCCGACGAUCUAUGGUGUGAGGGUGUUAAUUUACGAACCGGUCGUCAGGGUAUCUUUCCAUCGGCUUAUGCCGUUGACCUCGACUACAAUGAAUUCGACCCAACCGUGCAGCAGGUUAAGAAGGAGCGUUACCUUUUGGGCUAUCUCGGUUCCGUGGAGACAUUGGCCCACAAAGGUACGGGUGUUGUCUGUCAGGCGGUGCGUAAAAUUGUCGGUGAAUACGGUAAUUCGCCUACAGGUCAAGUAUGCAUUUUGGAAAUAUCAGAUCAAGGUUUACGCAUGGUAGAUCGUUCCGGACCGAAUAAUAAAAAGGACAAGAAACCUUGCAUUGAUUAUUUUUACUCGCUCAAAAACGUAUCUUUUUGUGCGUUUCAUCCAAGGGAUCAUCGUUUUAUUGGCUUCAUUACCAAACAUCCAACGGUACAACGUUUUGCAUGUCAUGUUUUCAAGGGUUCAGAAUCCACCAGACCAGUUGCAGAGGCUGUGGGACGAGCUUUCCAACGCUUCUAUCAAAAAUUCAUUGAGACGGCUUAUCCCAUUGAAGACAUUUAUAUUGAAUAAAUUACAUAUAACCCAGAUCGAGGGUCUCUAAUAGAUAUAUAUAUAUAAAUAGCUACAUAUAUAUGUGUAUAUAAUAAAUAUAUAGGUACGAAAAAAACCAAACCAAAAAAAAAUACUUUCAAAUCUUAAAGAAAAAAAAUGUUGUCUUCGCCUCUAAAAUACACAGUCGAAAUGAAUAAAAACAAAAUACAUAAUAACAA